UGCUCCAGCCAAGCACGGACUCUGUUGUGCGGCGUUCGUCGGGAAAUUGCGAUUGGACGGCUUGUAGCAGUAUGUGCAGUACAGUACAGUACACAGUACAGUUAGGUUAGUUUACAAAGAACUCUCGCCGCGUUUGGAUGUGUUUGUUGCGUUUCGGUGUGUACCCAUAAAUGAAAGAGGUGAAAGUACCCACGAUUGUGCAUUCUACCAUCUGAAGCCCAAAGUGAUUCUAUCGUAGCAGCUAUCCUCGAUUCAAAAGUGAAGUGUGAAUUGAAGUUAUCGAAGAAAGUGCAAUCGCGUAUCGUAUUCCGUGGAAAUUUUGUGCAACGGAAGGAAAGUUCUCUGUUGGCAUCUAUUGAAUGAUCAAAGUGCUUUACUGAGUCCGAAUGAGUGUAGUUAUUAGGUCCAAAGUGCCGCGCACCUUUGUUCAGAAUUUGUUGUAAAAAUCACUGGUUCUUUUGUGUCUGCAUCAUCAUCUUCGACGUGGUGAAAGACGAAAGCAUACAUAAGAAGCAGACGAGGCAAAAUCUGGAGUAAAUAGGAUUUUUUCCGCUGCCAGUUGGAUUACACUCGAUUUUUUCGAGACCAGACUCUCCUGCACUUGUUGUCAGGCUUCCUGUCGUUCUGUCCGAAUCAAGCGCGGAUUGAAGUGACUAUAAAGCAAGCUACCGCAGGCCCCUAAACGAGCAAGCACCGAACUCAACCCUCCAAAAUGCCGUCGGUCGGAGUAGCCUGCGUGAGAUAUCUGGUGUUUUUCUUCAACUUCCUGUUCGCGAUCACAGGGCUGGUCGUCGUGGUAACCGGAGCCAUAAUCCAAUCAUCGUAUCAUCAUUAUUCGAAUUUUCUUGGUGAAAGCUUCUGGACCGCACCGAUAGUGCUAAUCGUGAUUGGAUCUGUUAUUUUUGUGGUGGCCUGCUUCGGGUGCUGCGGAGCGGCCAAGGAGAGUCCCUGCAUGAUUAUCACGUUCUCGAUCUUUCUGGGAUUGGUGUUCCUAGCGGAGAUCGGAAUCGGUGUUGCCGGGUACUACAAACACGAAGAACUCAGCGGGAUUCUGGAGAAGGGAUUCAACGAAACACUCGAUAACUACUCCAACAGUUUGCCGGCGCAGGAAGCAUGGAACUUGGUUCAGUCGGAAAUGAAAUGCUGCGGUGUAAACGGUCCGGAAGAUUGGGAGCCUAUUUUCAAGAAUGAUACUGUCCCGAAGUCCUGCUGUCACGAGCUACCGAUGGGGGUCAACAAGUGCACUAGGAAAUACGCUGAUCAUGAAGGUUGUUUCCCAAAACUGUCCCAUUUCCUGGGUUCUAAGUCGCUGAUUUUGGCCGGAAUCGGACUCGGACUAGCUGCCGUCCAGCUUGUGGCCGUUCUGUUAGCUUGCUGUUUGUAUGGAUCCUUCCGGCGACAGUACGAAACUGUUUAAAUCGACGCAUUCAUCGAUUGAAUGUUGAAAGUUUCGUUUGGUAGAGUGCAUUUAUUUUUUGUUGGGAAUAUUAUAGUUUAUUCCUCUAAAGGUUUUUGAAAACUGCUAUCAAAGAAAAUACAAAGUUAUUGUUUGUAUAAUUUAUAACACUAAAUAACACACUAUACUUUUCAAGAAAAGUUUUCAAUUAUUGCAUUCAUAUUAUUACUACUUUAUAAAAAAAAGUAGAGAAACGAUUGGUUUGGCUUUCAGUCAGUCGAUUUUUUAACCUAUUUUCUUCAAAAAAAAACUCUAAAGUCUAACUCUAACGUUUGCUAUUAAAAUCUGAUCAAUGAAUACUACACUCAACAUGCUUGGUAGCACAAUCCCAUACCGAAAAGAGUGAGAAUGAUCGGAGACCAACAUCAUUCAAUCUGAUUCACAAUGUUUUACAACAUACACACAUACAGAACAAAAAAAAAACAGUGGGAGAAUUUGUCAGCACAUUCAAGAGUGUCAGUCACGCCCACACACAAUAAUAUUCGUAGUUUGUAGAUAAGACGUACGAAAUGUAAGAAGAAUCCGUCAAAAGUUUGUUGAAAUAUAAAAAUUAUUAUCAUACCUUGUACGAGGGCAAUCCCUCGAGAAGAAGUAAAAUCUUUAUAGAUUGCCAAUUGAAACGAUAGAACCAAACUCAGACGAGUUCGACAUAGAUACCAACGUUUAUCAAGCAUUUUUAGAUGUAAUUGAUAUGAUCCCAAACGAAUUAUCGCUCUAUUGUAAGUGCGCACUUAGGCUAUUAGUAAGCUUUUAGAUUGACCAAUUUCUCUUACCGCCCACAAAUUUUGGAAGCCGCUGUAGUGACGAGGAAUCUCAAUUCAGUAGAAUUGUUUUAAUGUGCAGAAAAAUGUUCAUUGAUUUUAUCUGAGAAAUAAAACUACUCAAUCAAAAUUUAGUUUAUGAAGUAAAUAUGAUAAUUUGCAAACGUCGUUAUAUUCCAUCCACAAGAAGAAGAAUUUAAAAAAAAAACAUUCCACCGUAGAGCGACUUUGUUUAGUAAGCUUGAACAGGCGCAUCACGAUGUAUCAGCAUAAGAAAACUGCAAAACAGGAUUACAAUUGCUCUAUAAGUUUGCUCCGUAGGCUUCGUAAAACUACUAAACGCUAUCGAUGUAUUCACGUUCUUUGCAACAGAAAAACGAAUAAACCCCUCAACACCUCUUGCUCAAUUCAAAAAAUAUCCGCCGAUGAAUACCCGUGACAGUGAUGACAAUUAACAACGAUGAUUGAUCGUCACUAAUAGAGAAUCAUGAAUAGGACCCAAAAAACAUUUGACUUUAUCGAAAGUUUGACAGAAAUAAUCGACAGUAAAUUCUAGUUCUAUAGAAAUCUACUAGCGAUAAUACUUGCAUUUUACCUAUACAACUCAACAAAUCUAUUUUUCUCACGUAGGCCGACAGUUUGUUGUGCAAGGAACAAAAAAAACAUGUUAUGAUCGCUUAUAUGGAAAAGAUGCAAAGAGCAAAAUAAGAAAAUGUCGUAUUGAUAUUUUUAUAAAUGUAUUUUAGUGUUUAAGUCUUGAAUAAAAAUUGGCUUAAAUCA